GCCUACUGAGAGGAAUGAGGCUGCAGCGCACUGCCCUUUCUCAAGAUGGCGUCGAAGAUAGGUUCAAGACGAUGGAUGCUGCAGCUGAUCAUGCAGUUGGGUUCGGUGCUGCUCACACGCUGCCCCUUUUGGGGCUGCUUCAGUCAGCUCAUGCUGUACGCCGAGAGGGCCGAGGCGCGCCGGAAGCCAGAUAUCCCGGUGCCCUACCUGUACUUCGACAUGGGGGCCGCCGUGCUGUGUGCCAGCUUCAUGUCCUUCGGAGUGAAACGUCGGUGGUUCGCCCUGGGGGCAGCACUCCAGCUGGCUGUUAGCACCUACGCCGCCUACAUGGGCGGCUACGUCCACUACGGGGACUGGCUGAAGGUCCGUAUGUACUCUCGCACAGUUGCCAUCAUCGGUGGCUUUCUCGUGCUGGCCAGUGGCGCCGGGGAGCUGUACCGGCAGAAACCCCGCAGCCGCUCCCUGCAAUCAACCGGCCAGGUGUUCUUGGGCAUCUACCUCAUCUGUGUGGCCUACUCGCUGCAGCACAGCAAGGAGGACCGCCUGGCCUACCUAAACCACCUUCCGGGAGGCGAGCUGACUGUCCAGCUGCUCUUCGUGCUGUAUGGCGUCCUGGCCCUGGCCUUCCUGUCAGGCUACUACGUGACCCUGGCUGCCCAGAUCCUCGCUGUCCUGCUGCCCCCAGUCAUGCUGCUCAUCGAUGGCAAUGUGACCUACUGGCACAAUACACGACGUGUUGAGUUCUGGAACCAGAUGAAGCUCCUGGGGGAGAGCGUGGGCAUCUUUGGGACAGCCGUUAUCCUGGCCACUGAUGGCUGAGUUCCGCAGCAGGCAGGGGCGGAGGGAGAGACUGGUGGUACAGGCAGCCGCUGAGGGCCACCCUCCCUCUCUGCCAGCCAGCCCAGUUGCUUGUUUAUGCUUUUUGGUCUGUUCGAUCCCUGCUCCCUGGCUCCCCUGCCUUUACUUUUUGCACUGUGAGGCACGUCUCUUCUCCCAGUUCCUGGGCUUGGCCCUAGUGAGAGUGGCAGCCAAGACGUUUUAAUGGCUCACAGGGUUUGUUCCUGUUAAGAGAGCUGACAGCCCCUGGGAGGGGAGUCAGGCUGGGGUAGGGGUGCAGCUGCUGAAAGCGGGGAAACGGGAUGGAAGCUAGAGAUCCGAAAGGAGCAAAUGUGAAAAAUGUUUGUGGGAAGCUGACAGAUGCCCCCUGGCCCUGCUGUGCUUUUUAGAGUUGAGAGAAAGAGAGAGAGAGAGAGAGAAUGA